UGUCAGCAUAUGCAUCCAAAUACGGUGCAGGAUACACCUAUGGGCGUACAUGUUUGGCCCAUCGGCAUGCUUCUGUGGGGUUGCGCAGGUGAAGGCUGCAUCGUGUUCUCUCUCUUCCAUUAUUCCCAUCGAGCCAGCCACCUCUCGUCUGCUCAUGGCGCCGCCACAGCCAACCUCCACUACGAUGCGCCUGCGACGGAAGCGACGUCCGGGGCGCUAGUCCUUUUCCACUACGGCGGCCAAACCACCCGGAUCCGGGUCAUCUUCCACUCUGGCGGCCAGAUCAGUUCGAGUUUGGGUAACACCAGAUCUGCCGAGGACGCGGUCCUCGCCCACGGAUCUGGCCGGGGGAAAUCAUUUUCUUCAUUGUUUGUCAGGCCGGUGGAGUUGCAGGCUUCCCUCAGCGUCACAGAGCAGGAAAUAUGACGUGCUGGAGAACCAGCCGGCGCCGGACAAAGCGAGGGAUUCGCCGGGGUGCACGCGUGCAUCAAAGCUACCGGCGACAGUUCGUUUUGGUUGAGAGAGCGUGCUUUCCAAGUGAAUAAUCUGAAUGAUAGCACCUCUCACUAUUUUUUCUCUUAGCUGUUUGGGUUUGUGUCUGACCAUAGCUAGUGAGAUUAUUUUUUGGUUCAGGAUUCUGAAAUCCCGAUGAACUAUGUUCCACUGAAUUUAGGAUAAUUUAGAGUUCAGACCAGAUA